UCGUUGUAAUGGAAAUCAUGGCCGUCGCGAUGCAGUCCGAGGAUUUUCCGUACUUACCUUCGGGGCUGGCGGAGGUAAAUAAGAUGAUAAAGGAGCACAGCGACCUGUUUUCUGACUCUCAGUGUAAAGUCUGCAGCGCUGUCCUGAUUUCUGAGUCUCAGAAGUUGACUCAUUAUCAGAGCAAGAAACACGCCAACAAAGUGCGGCGUUAUCGGUCCAUGCAGAGCGAGAAGGAGCCCGAGCUGAAAAAGCUCAAGUCGUCGCCGUCGCUCAGUUGGGACUGUAACAAUGGAGACACCAGCCGGUUGAAGGUGUGUCACGUAUGUAACAUGACCUUCUCGUCUCCCGUGGUGGCCGAGUCUCACUAUCAGGGCAAAGUUCACGCCAAGAACCUGAGGCUGAAAAACGUCGGUCCUCAGAGUCCAGCCGUAGCUUCUCAGACUCCAGCAGCUCAGCCGAAGAAGAAACCUGCGGACGAUUCGAGCGGCGCGUCAUCGACGGGUAAUAACGGCAACAACAACAACAACCCGGACCGCUUCUGCUCCAUCUGCCAGGCCUCCUUCAACAACCCCCUCAUGGCCCAGCAGCACUACGUGGGCAAGAAGCACCGAAAACAGAUGACCAAAAUGAAACUGAUGGAGACGUACGGCCCGUCCACGGCACCAGCUUCCACACUGAAGGGCUACCCCUGCACCAUCUGCAACAUCGAGCUGAACUCUGUGGAGCAGUACCAGUCUCACAUCAGCGGUGCCAAACACAAGAACCAAGUGAAGAAAUCAGGCCUGAACACCGCAGAGAACCAAGAACCAGCAGAACAAUCGUACAGCGGUGACAACCAGUACACCGCAGCAGACGACCAGUACGCCCCAGGGAUGGACCAGUACACAGCCGGAGAGACCCAGUACGCUCCGGAGGACACAGAGUACCAGUUCACUUGAGGCUGGACUGGGAUGGACUGCAGAGGCUUCAGUCAGGACUUGGAACGACACACAACAACCAGCCCCUUUAACACACUAAUGUCAGCAGAGUCUCUUCAGUAGGUUUCCCUGAACCGUCGUCUGGACCUGGACCUGGACCUGGACCUGGAACAGCCCAACGUGGUAUUUUAGCAGUUUAGGUUCCAAAAGAAAAGAAUCUGUUUCUUUCUCUCUUUGUUUUGUACGAUGAAGGAUGUGUUGGAGGGUUCAGCUGGUUUCUGCUUCUGUUACAGACUGAAAAACUGUCCCUGGAUCAGUGAGCGCCAUCCUGAUGUUUGUCCGGAUGACGCUGCUCCGAUCAGAAUUUAAGUUCAGAUGAAAGCAGACAAUCAGAAGUUCUGAUUGAAAUCGAUUAAUUCUAUGAUCUGACCUGAGGUCUGUGGUCUCUGUGCUGCCAGAACAGAACAUGAAGCCCGGCCUCAGUGUUCGUAGGGACAGUCCAGAUCCUGAUCUGAGUCCUGUCAGACGCUGCUGGUGAUCUGAUGCUAAAUCUGACAAACUUGAUCCAAACACUGAAGGUCCUGCUUCAGAGCACUUCCUGGACGUAGAGGGACGGUUCUGAGUUCUAAAGUGGGUUUGAUGAGGUUCUUCUCAGCAUCAGAGCUGAAGAUAAACGAAUCCGGAUCAGUCUUUAAACCACUUCCUGUGCCGUCAGGCUGCUCUUUCCUCUGGACCUACGUCUUGUGAACCGUAGAACUCGUGUGUUCCUCCACACGCUGCUCGCUGUGUUGCGCCGCAGAUCAGCCGUUUGAUCAGAAAUCAGACUUGAAGUUUGUGACGGUUCUCUGACUGUUGGUUUUUCUGUGCUGGUCUGAUGAAGACGCGUCCUGUCACCAGGUACACUUCACCGUGUUCUGUUGACUGAUUUUGGCCUUGAACAGCUCUGAACGCAGACAUCACCAGUGAUACGCCACCGGCGCCGCCGUCGUUCCUCUGGACGGGACGGCGAAGAGCUGCUGGACUCCACCUUCAGGUAACUCAGCGCUGAAGAGGAGCAGCAGCCGGUGAAGAAGGUCCUGCUUCAGAAAGGGUUCCUGCGGUCUGCGCAGAGAGCAGAGUUUCAUCAGCGCCGACACAAACAUUUACAGUUUCAUUUUCUGUCGUCCGCAGACGCUGAACGUCUGACCGAACAGCUGAUCAGCGGCGGGACGCGGCGCGGCCGCUCAGGAACAGGUGAGUUCUACGGUUGAGAAAAUGUAGUGCCAGAGGAAACGGCUGCCUGAUGGCGCUGAAACUGAUGCUGCGGGACGGUCCUGAUCUUCAGCGCGCCUGACAGCACACCUGUCUCCAAACUGCUCGCUGCUGAAACACUGAAUUAACACCUCGGCCCGCUUCAAGAAACCUGGACUGCUCCUUUAAAUCUAGUUUGACUGGAGGUCACGUGAUCAGAUUGUCAGGAGCCACAGACACAGUGAAGGUGCCUACCUGUCAGGUGAUCUGUCAGGUGAUCUGCGAGGCUGCAGAAAGCACUUUAACUCCUUUCAUUCUGCUCGACAGAGCGACGACGAGCUGCUGCUGAAUGUUCGAUUUCUGUGACGGAGAGAAAACAGGACGAACACAUCGAUCGAUCAGAAUGUUACUGAUGAUCGGCGACAGAUGAUGGUUAUUGAUCAGAGAGCCUGAAUCAGACCCUCGACUGCUUCAAAUCCACAACCUGUCAACAUUCGUAGAAGCUGAUGUCAUUUUCUAAACGGUCCAGUUUUCAGGAGUUUUAAAGAUGAAACGAGAUGAAAGUGAUUCGAUUAAUCAGCUGAUACUCGAUGAAAGUAGAAGCUUUUUGUACUUCGGUGUAUUCGCUCGGUUCUUUGAAGGAUGUGAAAUUCUUUCCCCCUGAGCUGUUUCUGGACUCCAGAGGAGACUCGAAGAAGCUCUCAGCUCUGUAAUUACUGUCAACAGCAGAGAAGAUAUUUAACGCAGAGAUGUUCAGAGUGAUGUCAGAUUAGAAAGUGAUGUCAAUGUUAGCAGAAUAACAUUUUUUAGUUUGAAUGUUUUCAGCCUUCUGGCUAAAGAAGAUCUGUUUUGGAUGUAAUUUCUACGACGAGGGCUCGAACAUGUUGUGAAGUUCACGGUUUCUGUCUCCACCCUCGUUGUUUGUGUGCUAGAUGUUCUGUGAUCACGAGUUCCUUUCAGUCUGAGUUGUGUAGAACUGACAGAAAAAUGCAGAUGUCCAUUAAAU